AUGGAAGAAAUCAGUGAAACAUUUGACUUCAUCGACUAUACAAAGUUAGUCAUUGCAGAAAUGUUGGAACAACUACAGAACAAGAAGAAUAAGGACUUGCCGCUUGACAAUAUAGAUUCACUUGUAAUCACAAACCCCCGCCAUCCUGAAAUCAAAAUUGGUCAGAUCUACAAAGACAAGGCAACACUAAAAAGCGUUCUUAGCUAUUUUGCAAUAACAAACCACUUCCAAUACAAGGUGUUCAAAUCAUGCUCUAGAGAAUACAACAUUAUUUGUUUGGACAAAAACUGCAAGUGGUCCAUAAGAGCAUCAAGGAAUGGAACAACACAAGCAUUCAUCAUCAGAAAAUAUUAUAAAAUACACACAUGCUCUUUGGAUAUCAGAUUCGGUGAUCAACGACAAGCACCAUCAAAAUUAAUAGGAAACUACAUAAAGCCAAAGUUCCUCAACCUGAAAACAACAUGCACUCCACUAGACAUCAGAGGUGACUUGAAUGAUAGAUACAGUAUAAAGAUGAAUUAUAUGAAAGCAUGGAGAAGUAAGGAUCAUGCACUCAAUGGAUUACGAGGAAAUGCAAGGGAAUCUUACAACCUAAUACCAAGUUACUUGUACAUGCUACAAAAAACCAACUCUGGAACUAUAGUUGACAUUGAAAAAGGAGAAGAUGAUAGUUUGUUGUUUCUAUUCAUGGCCUUGAAUGCAUCUUUGAGAGGCUGGGCAAAAUGCAAAUCUAUAAUAGUUAUUGAUGGCACUUUCUUGAAGUUUCCAUAUGGAGGAACGUUGCUCUCUGAUAGUGCACAGGAUGCAUGA